AUGGACCCCUUAUCACCAAGGCGUUGUCUGUUCAUGGCCUGAAUUACAGAGACAUUGCAUUCGUCGUUUGUUCUCACCCACACAUUGAUCACAUUGGCAACUUGAAUUGUUUCCCAUGUGCAACAAUAGUUGUGGGAACAGAAGUUACGAAGCAGGGCCAGCUCUAUCAGCACCCUAUCAGUUACAACGAUCCAUUUCGGAUUGAUGACAAGGUAUGAGAUGCACGUCGGUUGCGUACUUUUCACCAGGUAGAAAUCAUUUUUACCCCAGGUCACACUCAAUCAGAUGUUUCGAUCAUUGUGAGGGACACCGCGGAUUAUGGCACAGUAGCGCUUGCUGGAGACAUCUUCGAAAAUGAGCAUGAUAUAGUUCGGCCUUCCUUGUGGAUGAAUAACAGUAUGAAUCCUACCCUACAAGAACACAGCCGGAUGAAGUUGCUGAAAGUAGCAGAUUACAUUGUUCCUGGUCACGGCGCUGCAUUCAGUGUAUUUUACGAUUCGGUCACCGUUUAUCUUACAGGUCACGGAUGUUGUCAAAAUCGAUGGACUACCCCCACUACGCUAG